ACAGAUGUCCCUCGUGAGUCGUGACCCACCGGUUUGAAAGGUAGGUAGGGUUUCAACGGCAACAGGCUCGGAGUGAGCUUCGGAACCCACGCACAAUCUCAGAGACAAGAUUUUGUCUGGAUAGCCGUUAACUUUUCCCUCCUUUUUCAACUGAUCUGUGUAGUUAGGGUUUUAAGCUGCUGCUGGCGAUGGGGGGCAGAGUUCCCGUCGAGCACUACGAUUUGUCAUCCGCCGCCGCCGCCGCCGCCGCCGCGAACUCCUACAUCGGCACCUCAUUGCACGACCCCAGCUCAGGCGAUGAUGUCGCCGACCACGCCGCCGAUGAUGUCACCGACGAUAACGACGACCGUUCCUCCACUGUCGUGAGUGACUGCAUGCGCGAGCCUUACCAAAGCUCUUUGCCUCUUCACAACAUGGGUGUGGAGGACGAAAGGAGUAGUCUAGAAAAUGGGUCUUCAUGCGGCCCCUACUCAAAUUUGACAAUUGAUGACGUGUCACCAAUUGAAACAGCUAGGGCAAGGUUUAUGGACAUUGUUGUGAAUUAUUUUAUUGAUCCACAUGUUAUUGAGAUGUCAGAUUAUGACACUGAUUACAUGAUGCAACAAUCCUCACAAGAAAGCAAGAGGAAGUCCAAAGAGAUUCGAUAUGAAGGCGAUGCGAACUAUGCCUUGCCAUUAAUGUAUAUUGCUAAUCUGUAUGAAACGCUAGUCAAUGAAGUUAACACAAGAUUAUCUUCAAUGAGUGGCAUCCAAGAGAAGACCAUUGGUGUAGCCCUUGAAGCUGCUGGUGGAUUGUAUAGAAAGCUUGCAAAGAAAUUUCCUAGAAAAGGUACUUGUAUAUUUAAGAGAAGGGAGCUAGCAACUUCAUUUGAAACAAGAUCGAAGUUUCCUGAAUUGGUGAUACAGGAGGAAAAGCGUGUUCGUUUUGUGGUGGUCAAUGGUUUAGCUAUCGUUGAAAAACCAACCAAAAUUGGUAUUGAUGAUGCUGAGUGGUUUAAGAGGCUGACUGGACGGAAUGACGUUGCUGUUUUUGCCAGAGACUACAAAUUUUAUGCUCCAAGGCACAAGUAUAGGCGUGGUGUGUCAAAUUCUAACUCCAAUCUGCCUUGUUUGCCAGCAUUCCAUAGUCCUGAAAAUUCUUCUUCAAUGGCGACUUCUCAUGGCUAUCGAGCAAACGAAGCUCAGUUUCAUCCUAUACACCAGGGCCAUAACAAUUCCAUCAAUCACAGUUCACAUUCGACUCACUAUAUGCUCGGCCAGCAGUGUAUUCCCCAACCUCAGUUGCCUGAAAUGAUUCACAACCAGCAGCCCUCGUCAACCCUCAACCAUAUAGCGUCUCUACAGUCUCUUGGUCAUGUUGGAGGGCGUCUGCAUGUUUUGCCAACAAGCCCGGCAAAGUUCUGUGACGAAUGUGGAGUUCCUUAUCUUCGGGAGACCUCGAAGUUCUGCUCAGAAUGUGGUACCAAGAGGUUAGGGACUUGAAAUACCCAGUCAAAGUGUGUAAAUUCAUUUAUUCAUUCCCGCCUUCUUCUGAUUCCAACUCCAAAUUGUUGUGUAAUCUAUCUUCAAGCAAGAAAAUUUUAAAAAAUUGGGGGUUACCCUUAACAUUGGAAUUUGGAUCCCAUUAGCAUUUAUAAGAAGAAUAAUAUUUGCUCAAGUGACUUUCUUAUAUAUAA